UGGCAAACUUCAUACUUCACGUCUGCAGUUGUAUGCCAUCCAUUCAGUUUAUCUAACUUUUAACGUGAAAACAGAAACAUUUGCAGGAAUGUUAAGACGUCUUAGUCACAGUCUAAUGAAGAUUGUCUUCUUACUGGGUUCACUAAAAGGGUGUGCACAUGCAACUUCCUCCAACUGCACAACUCGCCGAUGUCUGGCUGAAAAGCUGAUUAGCAACAACUUAACGUCACAGCCUCAGAAUGAAAACUGCACUCAGAGGGUCUUUGUGCCAUUCAUUGAGUACCAAACUCUGUCUGUUGACACAAAGAAGCUCCGCUUUUACAGUCGUCUGCAAGCCAAGAUUGUAUGGACAGAUCCCCAGCUGGCUUGGAACACAUCAGUCUAUCCACAUGAGAAGGUGGUCCUGCCCGUUAAAAAAAUCUGGACCCCAGAACUCCGUAUUACUAAUGCAGUCACUACCACGAUGACACACAGCUCCCGUGAUCUGCUGGUACACAGCAAUGGCACCGUUCAUCACAAUGUGAUCAUAAAUGCAGAGAUGGAUUGUGAAAUCAGGAUGUUCAACUAUCCCUUUGCUACUGAUGAAUGCCCUGUUGCAAUCCAAGCCUGGGCCCUUGAUGGAUGUGGUAUGAAGCUGGAAAUGGGCAAUCUGUGGAUGAUUGACAGUAACCAUGGAGACUGGCGUACUGAGGAGGCAUCCCUCUUAAAAGAAGAUGGUAGAGAUGAUCGCAAUUAUAUUCUGGUGACCUUGAGCCUCAGAUGGCUCAACCCCUUUACAACAUUAAUCCUGCCGAGCAUUUUAAUCAUCGUGGCUGAUGUGGUCAGUUUUGCCCUGCCGCUCGGAGGUGGUGAGCGCAACUCUUUCAAGGUCACUCUGCUGCUCAGCUUCACCAUGUUCCUCAUCAUCCUCAAUGAUCAGCUCCCCGGAGACAGCCAGUGCAGCCCCAUCAUCCGAACCCACUUCUGUGUUUGUCUGGUCCUCUUGCUGGUGACCCUGCUGCUGUCCAUGCUGUUUACACGGUUGGCUCAUGAUGCUGGGUUCCUCUGCUGCUCCAGAUCCAAAACGUCAUCUCCAUCAAACACGGCUGACAAAGAGGAGAAAGGAGAUGAAGAAUCCAAAACAGACAUUAGUGUCAUCCACCUGCAAGCGGAGGAGCAGACCAAAAUGCUCCUAAAGGUGGUCAACUUCCUGGAGGAUCUUAAUGCCAAGGAACUGGAAAAUCAGAAAUGCCAGGACCUUGCUAACAAACUGGACAAGAUCUGUUUCUGGCUCUAUGUCUGUGUCUGCAUGAUCUACUUUUCCACCAUGACUUAUAUGAUCAUCAACUAUCAAUGUGAAGUUAACCAUUUUGAUUUCUGGUACUAAUAAAACUAGAUAACUUUGCCAUAUAUAUAGUAGUGAACCGCUUUACUGUAACGUACUCUAAGCUGCUUAAAGUUGUAAAGUUGUAAAAAGUUUUCGGUCACUGGUAGCAGCAGUAGUGCACAACGUUGUUUGGUAAGGGAGGGAUAGGACCUCAUCAUAGGCGCGGGAAGUGGGGGUGCUGGGGGUGGCAGCUUGUGUAAUUUGCUUUCUUUCAGACCGCGAGAAAUUC